GAAAUGAAAUAUUUCUAUUAGUGGGUUCCCUAUUUUGACCUGUACAGCUUAGAGAAAUAAAUUUCCCUCUACUGUCUGCCUAUCUCUUUUGCAUUCCAAAGUGCGGUCUCAUUAAACUCCAAGGUCUAAAAUCUUUCUUUGGGAGCUAGCCUCCAGUAUCUACGUGGAUUUACAAAAGGGGAAAGAAAGCAAGGAUAGUUUGAUGUGAAGUCUUCCUUUAUGCAUCUUUUGAUAAACUUAUGCUUUACAAGUGGAAGGAUACUUUUAUUUUGGGGCCAUAUUUUCAGAGGUGUUUUAAUAACCUUUUCCUAAUUAUUUAUAGCUUCCUGAUUGACAUAACUCACUUCAAGAAGCGCACAAUGUCAGAACGUGGGGUUAAGUGGGCCUGUGAAUACUGCACGUAUGAAAACUGGCCGUCGGCCAUCAAGUGUACCAUGUGUCGCGCCCAGAGACCUAGCGGAACGAUCAUUACUGAAGACCCAUUUAAGAGCGGUUCAAGUGACAUGGGUCGAGACUGGGACCCUUCCAGCACCGAAGGAGGAAGUAGUCCUUUGAUAUGUCCGGACUCCAGUGCAAGACCCAGAGUUAAGUCUUCGUACAGCACGGAAAAUGCAAAUAAAUGGUCGUGUCACAUGUGCACAUAUUUGAACUGGCCAAGAGCAAUCAGAUGUACCCAGUGCUUAUCCCAGCGUAGGACCCGGAGCCCCACAGAAUCCCCUCAGUCCUCAGGGUCUGGCUCGAGGCCAGUUGCUUUUUCUGUAGACCCUUGUGAGGAAUACAAUGACAGAAAUAAACUGAACACGAGGACCCAGCACUGGACUUGCUCUGUUUGCACAUAUGAGAACUGGGCCAAGGCUAAAAAAUGUGUUGUUUGUGAUCACCCCAGACCUAAUAAUAUUGAGGCAAUAGAGCUGGCAGAGACUGAAGAGGCUUCUUCAAUCAUAAAUGAGCAGGACAGAGCUCGAUGGAGGGGGAGCUGCAGUAGUGGCAAUAGCCAAAGACGAUCACCUCCUGCUACAAAACGGGACUCGGAGAUGAAAAUGGAUUUUCAGAGGAUUGAAUUGGCCGGUGCUGUUGGCAGCAAAGAGGAACUUGAAGUGGACUUCAAAAAACUAAAGCAAAUUAAAAACAGGAUGAAAAAGACCGACUGGCUAUUCCUCAAUGCUUGUGUGGGGGUCGUGGAAGGAGAUUUGGCUGCUAUAGAAGCAUACAAGUCCUCGGGAGGGGACAUUGCCCGCCAGCUCAGCGCAGACGAAGUGCGCCUGCUGAGCCGCCCCUCCGCCUUCGAUGUGGGCUACACGCUGGUGCACCUGGCCAUCCGCUUCCAGAGGCAGGACAUGCUGGCCAUACUGCUCACGGAGGUAUCUCAGCAAGCAGCAAAGUGUAUUCCAGCAAUGGUGUGUCCUGAACUGACAGAGCAGAUCCGGCGGGAGAUAGCUGCUUCUCUUCAUCAGAGAAAGGGGGAUUUUGCUUGCUAUUUUCUAACUGACCUUGUAACAUUUACAUUGCCAGCAGAUAUUGAAGACUUGCCUCCAACAGUACAAGAAAAAUUAUUUGAUGAGGUGCUUGAUAGGGAUGUUCAAAAAGAGUUAGAAGAAGAGUCUCCAAUCAUAAACUGGUCCUUGGAACUGGCGACGCGCUUGGAUAGCCGCCUUUAUGCACUGUGGAACCGGACUGCGGGAGACUGCUUGCUGGAUUCCGUGCUGCAGGCGACCUGGGGCAUCUACGACAAGGACUCGGUGCUGCGGAAAGCGCUGCAUGACAGCUUGCACGACUGUUCACACUGGUUUUAUACACGUUGGAAAGAUUGGGAAUCAUGGUAUUCUCAGAGCUUUGGUUUACAUUUUUCCUUGAGAGAAGAACAGUGGCAAGAAGACUGGGCAUUUAUACUCUCUCUUGCCAGCCAGCCUGGAGCGAGUUUGGAGCAGACACACAUUUUUGUACUUGCGCAUAUUCUCAGACGACCAAUCAUAGUCUACGGUGUGAAAUACUACAAGAGUUUCCGAGGAGAGACCUUAGGGUAUACUCGGUUUCAAGGCGUCUACUUGCCCUUGUUGUGGGAGCAGAGCUUCUGCUGGAAAAGCCCGAUCGCUCUGGGCUACACGAGGGGCCACUUCUCCGCUCUGGUCGCCAUGGAGAAUGACGGCUAUGGGGGCCGAGGUGCUGGUGCGAACCUGCACACAGACGACGACGUGACCAUCACCUUCCUGCCCCUGGUGGACAGCGAGAGGAAACUGCUGCACGUGCACUUUCUGUCUGCACAGGAGCUAGGGAAUGAGGAGCAGCAGGAAAAACUGCUCAGGGAGUGGCUGGACUGCUGUGUGACCGAGGGGGGGGUACUUGUUGCCAUGCAGAAAAGCUCCCGGCGACGAAACCACCCCUUGGUCACGCAGAUGGUGGAAAAGUGGCUUGACCGUUACCGACAGAUCCGACCUUGCACGUCUCUGUCUGAUGGCGAGGAAGACGAAGAUGACGAAGACGAAUAAAGACAAGUCAGAGAGCAGAAGCCCGAGGGAUUGGCACUGGGGUGACCCCAAGUGAGUGUGGCCCUCCAAGCAGCGUGCACGGCCUGCAGCCUGCCUAGCUGCAGGGUCUGCGCGAGGGCGCCUCGAUCCACACCCCAAGAGGAGGCCGCAUCUGCUGCAAGAGGACAGAAAACUGUUUGGACUCCAGUUGUAAAAACUAAUUUUAUUAAGACGGAACAACUUUUCCCCUUUCAAAUUGUAAAUCUGUCUAUAAAGUAACGCAUGUGGUUGUGUAAGAAGUUGUGUAAUAGGCAAAGUUGUGCCGGCAUCCUCACAGUCCCAGAAGUUCUUCCCAGCACGGGCACCCACAAAAGCACAUGGCAGAGGCCUCUGUUCCUUCGAGAUCUUCUUGUUGAGUAGAACCUGGCAUUCUACUCCCUCCUAAAGAUCCAUUUUACAUUGAUUCUCACCAGAGUUCACUAGAGACUUGGAAACUUUUGUACAAAUUAUCCACAGCAAAACAAAAAUAAACAAGCUUUUUAUUUUAUUAAUAAUUUAGUCCCUGUGUGCCCAAUAAAAUAAAAUCAAAUCUUUAAGGAACAAACUGCAAGGAAAAUAAGAAUUUUCUAUUGAGCGAACUUUAUCUAGACACUGCUCCCUUUUUUGCAAAGGGUUUUGGUUUCUGUUACUUGUUUCUGAAGUUUUCUGAUCUGCCCUUUUCAGUAUUAGGCACUAAUUUGUUUCAAGAGUGCCCUUAAAAUGAGGGCUCUCAGACCUUACUCCUGGCCACAGUCUGCUGGUGAAGCUCCCCGGAUGCACGUUGUGGGCCUCCACUCUGACAGAUUCGCUCCGCCGACAGUGCCGUGUCCCUGCAUCGCCACACAGGGCUGUGGACUCGUGUGCAUCGGCUGCGCCCGGCCGGUUGUCAGGAAGGCGCCUCUGCUCUGGCUCUCGGGGGACGGCUCAGCACAGAAUAAAGACUUCAAAAAUGCAGUGAGGCGGUACAUACACUGCACAAGGGGCUUCUCAGCGAGUGGCCUGAGAAUUUUUGCAUGUUGGUUAACUAUGGCCAUUUUAUUUUAACUUAAAAGUAUCAUCUUAAAUAGAAGAGCAUUUAAAAAAUAUCAUUUGACCAAGCGGUACACACUCAAUACUGGAUAAACAUUUCACACCUCUCAGAGCACAGACUUAGUGUCCUGAUAGUCAGCACUUUGUAGACUGUUAAUGGGGAAGGACUUGGAAAGAAGCUCUGCGUAUGUGUGUGGCUUCGCCCAUAAAAGACAGACACAAGUUUUCCUUCCCCCUGAUGCGAAAAGGCUGUGAAAACCUUUUAAACUGCUGCUUUUUUUCUUCUAACCACUAAACUGGUGACAAGAUUGCACACAACCUCAAACUUAAUGCCGGAAUACUAAAAAAAAGGAAAAACCACCCAAGGAAUGUCAGUAAUUUGCUCUCCCCUUUUGAGCACUCGUGAAAAGGUGUCCCAGUCCCAGUCCCAGGCUAAAUCACUUUUGCUACAUGUAAAAACCUUGCAGGAAAAACUGGCAAUUUCAGUCCAUAUACAAAGAACCUUGUUAUAAUGGUAAAUGCCAAAAACUUGCAAGUGCUUAAUAUUUUAUUGCAAAUUGAUUGGUUUGCUUUCACUUUGAUCAGUAAUUCAAGAUUCUCAGCAGGUUGCCAUGCUGACUCCCUAGUGCAGCGUCUCUGGUAAAUUUGCUCCAUGUAUAGGACAUUUCUCCAAUGGGCACAGGUCCUGUUCCAGUCACCUGCCUGUUAGGCAGUCGCUACCCCCUCAGUGAGGUGGCCAGUGCUGUCAGGAGGGAUAGGCUGGAUCUCUGGCCUGUGUGUGGUGCUCGGAGUGUUAUCGGACCUCAAGGUACCUCUUUAUUGCCACCAGCGGUCCUGACCACAUCUGGUCAAACAGGUGCAGCGUUACACUCCAUGGGAAGGCAUUAUGGAGGCGUCCGAUCCCUAGGCUCCAGGUAGGGCUGGGCCUGAGUGGUCCCCAAGCACAUACACUGCUGAACGUGAAACUUUUGGGUGAACCAAUACUCUGUUAAGCUCUUGAACUAUUAAACAGCCAUAAAUAUUGCAAGAUAGAGUUUGCGGUGCUUUCUGGAAGCCUGUGCUGCUGGGUGACAGAUGUGAAUGUCCGUUGGCUAACUCUGGAUUGUGUGGACGUCCUGAUUUUUUCCCCCUAGGGAGAAUAGUGUGGUGUUUUCUGUUCAGAUUAAACAGAACCCAGGCCCUGGGAAUCAUGGAAUCGGACCUGCCUUUUGUCGGUUGACUCUUGGGCUCAUUGUGUAAGAGGCCGAGUCUCGGUUAACAGGGUGUGGCCGUGUACUGAUCAGCCUGCAUCUGUGUUCGUCAUGGCUGCUCUUUGACAAGAGCUUAGGGAGAGAAUGUAGAACUGUUCUGUUCCUGGAAGGAUAGGUCAGUAGCCACGCUCUCCACCCCAGUGACUCCGUGGUAGCUGGGAGGGGACAGCACCUUAAAAUAGGUGAGGCUCAUGCUAGAAGAUCCCCUCACUUUAUUAGUAGGGAAGGCUCAGGGAGUUUGAUGCCGGGUUUGCUGGACUUAUGGACACUUAAGAUGUCUCUAGUAUGAGUUUGAUGCUUGCUGUUUUAGAAGGUCAUGAAGUCUUUAACACGGCAAUGACCGAUGUUGUCUCUUGGUGUGUUUGUGUGUGUAUACAUCUCUCUCUACACACACACACACGCACGCACGCACGCAAGCACGCACACUCCCCUCCUCGAGAUUUACCUUCUGUUUGAAUUAUUUGAGUCCAGGUACUUUAGCUCCAGUAGAUAUUGAAGCUCUCAUUCUUGGCCUUCUUGACUUAGUUUCUAACCCCACCGACUCUUUGAGGUUUUCAACUGAACUAUCAGAUGAGGUGCUUGUCAACAUUUAAAUAUGCUUGUAGACCCUGGUUAUAUACAACAAGCUGGAAAAU